AUGCUAAGCCCGAAGAUCAACCGGUCUGUGCGAGUCAAUGACGGCCAGCUGGUGGCGCUGUCAGACCGAGCUCAGUACGACCACUCACAGGCCGGAUACCUACACAAGAGGAGCUCGGACAACACGAAGUGGCAGCUGCGAUGGUUCGUUUUGUAUCAGAACCUGUUAUUCUACUACGAGUCGGAGAACAACACGCGGCCCACUGGCGUCUUGCUGCUGGAGGGGUCUUACUGCGAGCGACUCAGCAAGUCACCGAUGGAAAGGAAUGCUUCGUUCUGCUUCACGAUCUCCUACCGGCGGGAGACUCAGCGCCAAUAUGAGCUGCGGGCCGCUUCGGAGGUAGACUGCGUGCACUGGGUCGACGCGAUCAGAGAGGCCAGUUUCAACAAGUUGCUCCUCCAGAAGGAGGAGUUGGAGCAGAAGCAGCUGCAUUUGCUCCAGGUGGUGGAGAGUGAGCGCACGGCGCGUUGGCAGUACGCACAGCAGUGCGACGAGCUCGCCAACGAGGUCAAGAAGCUCAGGACGGAGCUGUGUACCUACAAGAAGGAACAUGAACCGUCUACCCGCGCCGCUUCCACCACCAGCUCGUCACCAUCUCAUUCACCUGAGAUUGACCCGGCAGAGUUGCGCAAAAUCAAAAAAGUUCAGAGUUUCUUCCGUGGCUGGCUGUGCCGGCGACGGUGGAAGCAGAUCGUGGAUCAGUACAUCAAGAGCCCUCACGCAGAGAGCAUGCGGAAACGAAACAGCCUCGUCUUCAAAAUGGUCGAAGCUGAAGAAGAAUAUCUCGAGCAAAUGGAAAUAUUGGUCACUUGUUUCCUCCGCCCAUUCAAGAUGGCAGCGAGCUCCAAGAAGCCCACCUGCUCCCAUGAAGAUGUCAACUCCAUCUUCCUGAACAGCGAGACCGUGCUCUUCCUUCAUCAGAUCUUCUUCAAAGGUCUCACUUCUCGCAUGGAGUCUUGGCCGACGCUUGUCUUAGGAGACUUAUUCGACAUGCUGCUACCAAUGCUGACCAUCUACCAGGAGUACGUUCGCAACCACCACUACUCGCUACAAGUGCUGACGGAGUGCAAACAGAACCAAACCUUCGCCCAACUAUUGGCGCGGUUGGAGAGCAAGCCUGCCUGUCAGGGAAGAUCCCUGGAGACGUUUCUUACGUAUCCUAUGCACCAGAUUCCGCGCUACAUAAUAACUCUGCAUGAGUUAUUGGCGCAUACUCCACAUGACCACGUGGAGCGUCGCAGUCUGCAGCAUGCCCGGGCGCAACUUGAGGAACUGUCUCGGCAGAUGCACGAUGAGGUGAGCGAGACUGAGAACCUGAGAAAGAACCUGGCGGUGGAGCGUAUGAUCAUCGAGGGAUGCGACAUCCUGCUUGACGUCAACCAAGUAUUCAUUCGACAAGGAACUCUCUCUCAAGUGGUGGGCAAAGGCCGCCGGGCGCAGCUGCAGGCUCGGCAGUCGUUCCUGUUCAGCAACCACCUGCUGCUCACCACCAGAGCCACAGGCGGUAGACUGCACCUUCCUCCUUCCGGGAGACUUCCACUCCAUGAUGCUCUGCUGAUUGAAGACCCGUCCAACCACGAUGAUGACGAUUCCACAUCAGUCUGUUCUUCUCCCGGGGGAGAUGCGUAUCAAGGGAAAGACUUCAAGAUUCUGGUCGAAGUGAAGGGAGAGCAGAUUUGUGCUCAUUUAGUGGCAGCAACCAUCGAGGAGAAAGCAGCUUGGACCAGCGAGUUAGCGCAGUGUAUGGAGAACGCAGCACUGACGGAACUCCUCCGGGCGUGUGGCUCUUGUGGUACGGCGUCAGCAAGUUUACCGGCCUGUCGCUCCGAUAGAGCCCUCUUCACCGAUGAUGUGGACAUACGGUUCAGCAGGACCCUCAACUCCUGCAAGGUCCCGCAGAUCAGGUCCGCGACGCCCCAGCGGCUGCUACAAAGACUUACCGAUCUCCGUUUCCUAUCAGUGGACUUCCUGAACACGUUCCUGUUGACGUACCGCGUGUUCACGGACGGGGUGACGGUGUUGGAGGCGUUGAAGCAGGUGUUCUUUGAACAAUCACAGCAGGAGAUGGAGCUAGCGCCUCCACCAGACGCCACCAGGAAGACUAGUGGUGCUAGUUCCGUGUCAGGCUACGGUUCAGAAUACAGCGAUAGAGAUUGGCAGUCAAGGUUUUGGAGGAUGUCUUCACGCAAGAGCGAGGAAGACGACAAACUGUCUCCGUAUCUGAUGGCACCGUCAAGGCGAACUUCUACAGUUAGCAAAGUGGAAGAGGAUAACAGCCACUUACAGAUCCCCAAAAUAAUGGCGACAUCGUCGAGCAAUGAGACAUUGAAAGGUACAUCACCAUCAUCCCCGGGUGCGAUAAGCUCGGUAACUUUAGUCGGAAGUCCUAAGAAGGUCAGUCCAGUCCAUUCCACCAGCGAAGACAAAGACGCAAAGAAAGACCACAAGUCACCUACCAAAGACAACGACGCUGCUGCUGCUAUUAUGAAAGACGAGAGCAUCGAGCUGGUCGAUCAGAGUGACGAAGACAUCAAAUAUAAAGAAGAGGAACAAGAGAAACAUAAACGCAAACCCGAUGACAAGUUUAAACUGUCGCAGAGGUUUUCAGAACGCGUGCGUACGAUGACGGAGAGCCCGCGCCGGCUGCAGCCGUCGGCCGCGUCCGCCGCGUCGGAAGCGCGGCGCAGGUCUGACACGGCCCGGGAGCAGAAGGUCGGGAUUACUGAGGAGCCACGCCGCGCGUCCGACUUGGGACGCUACGGACCGCGACGGUCUGUCAGCGAGAGACGCAGCACGAACUCGUCUAUCCUGAGCGACCGACGCCGCUACUGGGGCGACUCGGAGCCUCGGUCUUCGGUCACGUCACAGGUUUCUCAGGUGGCUCAGAAUUUCCGUCGAGAAACCAGUCAACCUAAAGCAGGUGUGGUGAUCACGUCAUUCAGGCAGUCCCACCGCAGCUUUGGAAAAGACCUGUUGUGGAGCAGUACUUCCACGGCAGCAGUGGCGUUUGCAGUGGCCACGUCGGCGUCUUCCAACCCUCGGUCACCGCCAGCAACUUCGCCACCAGCUACCCGACGGGAUUCUGUCAUUUCCACUGCUGCUACCAUGCGUGUGCUCAAUGUUCUAAGGCAUUGGAUCUCCAAACACUCAUCAGACUUCUGGUCUGACGAGCGCCUCCGCGGGCUGACCAUGGACUUCCUGAAGGAGAUCGAGAGCAGUCCAGGAUUGCUGCCAGCGGAGCACAAGGCGGCUGCCCAGCUGCUGCGGCUGUUGGAAAGAGCACCUGAUAGAGCCGUGGACCUGAAAGCUCUCUUUAUACCUCCACCUGUACCAACAAAAGAAAGUAUCGAGACCCUCUCUGCGCUAGAAAUUGCUGAGCAGAUGACGUACCUGGACUAUCAGAUCUUCAGUGCCAUCCAUAGCGAGGAAUUCCUGGGCCAAGCGUGGACGAAAGCCGACAAGGCGGAGAGAGCUCCACAUAUCCUCAUGAUGACCAGCCACUUCAACCACAUAUCCAACCUCGUCAUAUCCGAGAUCCUGAAGAAGUACACAUUGGCUGGUCGAGUAGCAGCUAUUGAGAAGUGGGCAGCGGUGGCGGACAUCGCUCGUUGUCUUCACAACUUCAACGGUGUCCUGCAAGUGUGCGCGGCACUAUCCAACACCUCCAUCUACCGCCUCAAGAAGACCUGGGACAAGGUGUCCAAAACUAGCAAACAAACCAUUGAGAAGAUGCAAACACAAACCUCAUCGGAAUGCAGAUUCAGAAUCUUGAGAGAGGCUUUACACAGAUGCGACCCGCCUUGCAUCCCGUACCUAGGCAUGUACCUGUCAGACCUGUCGUUCCUCGAGGAAGGAACGUCCAAUUACACUCCUGAUGGACUACUCAACUUCUCCAAGAUGAGAAUGAUCGCUCACGUGAUUCGUGAAAUACGAAACUUCCAGCAAACACCAUACAAAAUUGACCACAUACCGAAGGUGUGCGAUUUCCUUCUCGACCGUUCAUUAAUCAUCCAAGAGGAAAGGCAAUACACGCUCUCGCUUGAGCUGGAGCCGCGGGUAGCGCGGGGCUCCAACGCGGGCCUGCACUCGCACUCGGCAGCGCCCGCGUCGCCAGCCUCCUAG